AGGAGUCAUAGGACAAGUAGAUAGGUUUAGGUAAGGUAAUAUCUCUGAUAGGUCAUAAUAUAAUAAUUGCCAGAAAAUUAAUGAGCUACUUUAGAUUCCCAGAAUAAUGAGGUACUUUAGGUUCAGUUAGGUAACGGAACCCUUACACAAGAGUGCGCUGGAGUCCAAAUAAUUCUUAAAAAUGUUCAUCAAGUACUUGUGAAUUAUAAAUUAAGGGAAGGAAUAUAGAUAUUGCUAUAUGGAAGAUUAUAAUAAGGUUCUUAAUUAUGUUUCACCUCCGUAGAUUAUAGAUUGUUCAGGUUGCUGGUACUUAGGUAAUUUUACUUCACGAACAUGAAACAGUAGAUCUGAUUCAUUAAGUUAACUUUUCGGACUUUUCCUGCAUUGCACCAGGUUCAAGGCAGUAAAAUUUGCUUCAUCACCUGCAAACAAUCAUCGCCACCCCCACCUGGUUGCCACCUUGUUCUGGACUCUUUACACCUCCUCUGAAGCAAAGAGCCACCUACCCUGGAAGAGAAAUGAGGUGUAAGAAUGUGAAAUACUAAUAACCAUGCAAAGAGAAGAAUGGCAUGAGAUUCCUUACACAUCAUUCGUACUUCUCUCUCCCUUACAUCCUCUACUCUCCUAUAAAUACCAACAGUCUACUCGCCGCUUCACCACAACCCACAACUAGCUAUCUGCCACUGAUCAUCACUAUGGCCAAGCAUUUAGCUCUCGCUUUCUCUCUUUGCUCUCUUAUUCUCUUCCACGGCUGCUUAGCCAGUCGCCAACAAUCUCAGUUCAGCCAGCAAAAUGAGUGCCAGCUGAACCAGAUCCAAGCCCGCGAGCCCGACAACCGCAUUGAGUGCGAAGCAGGUCGGAUCGAGUCCUGGGACUACAACCAGGAUGACUUCCAGUGCGCUGGUGUCGCCGUUCAGAGAAUCACCAUUGAGAGCAACGGCCUUCACUUGCCAUCUUACACUAACACUCCACGACUAGUUUACGUCGUCCAAGGUAGGGGUCAUGUAGGAAUGGUGCUCCCUGGCUGUCCCGAGACUUUUGAAGAAUCCGAGCAAUCUGAUGAGGAACAACAGGGCCAGCAACAACAAGGGCAAGGCCAACGAGGCCGCCAGCAGCAGGGACGCCGACAGGGACAAUUCGGCCAGCAAGGCCAACAGGGACAACAAGAGAGCUUUGAGCAGCUAGACCGUCACCAGAGGGUCCGAAUCGUCAAGGAAGGUGAUGUCAUUGCCGUCCCCGCCGGAGUCACCUGCUGGACUCACAACCACGGUAACCAACCUCUUGUUUUCGUCAGUCUUUUUGAUAUGAGCAACGAGCUCAACCAGCUUGACCAGAACCCAAGGAAAUUUUAUCUUGCUGGUAAUCCACAAGAUGAGUUCAACCAACAAGGCCAAAGCCAAUGGGGACAACAAGGACAACAAGGCCGUGGACAACAAGGAAGGACCAGGCGCCAACAGCAGGGAAACAACAACAACAACAUCUUUGCCGGCUUCGACACACAGCUCCUCGCCGACGCUCUCAACAUCGACCAACAGACCGCCCAGCGGCUCCAGGGACAGAACGACAACAGGCCACAGAUUGUUAGGGUUCAGGGACGUUUCGACUUUGUCGAGCCACCACGGUCACAGAGGGAGGAAAGACAAAUGCAAGGACAACAAAUGCAGGGACAACAAGGACAGUAUGAACAGAAUGGCAUGGAGGAGCUCUUCUGCCACAUGCAGAUGAAACAGAACAUCGGCAAACCUAAAAUGGCCGACGUCUACAGCCCGCAAGCCGGUCGCAUCAGCACCCUCAAUAGCUUCAGCAUGCCUAUUCUCAGGCGCCUCCGCCUGAGUGCCGAGAGAGGCUUCUUCUACAACAACGCUAUCUACAGCCCACACUGGAACUUGAACGCCCAUGAAGUCUACUACGUCAUCAGGGGCAGCGCUAGGGUUCAGGUGGUGAACGACAAUGGCGAGACCAUCUUGGACGACCAGGUCCGCCAGGGACAGGUCUUCAUCGUGCCACAGAACCACGCCGUGUUGCAAAAGGCCAUGAGCAACGGAUACGAGUACAUUGCCUUCAAGACCGAUGACAAUGCCAUGAUGAACACCAUGGCUGGCAGGACCUCCGUCCUGCGGGCACUCCCUGACGUGGUCCUCGCCAACGCCUACAAGAUGGACCGUGAGCAGGCAAGGAACCUCAAGUACAACAGGCAGGAGACCGUUGCUUUGAGUUCCUCAAGGUCUUCUCGGUCCCAGAGGAGCUGGUGGGCUCUUGAUGCUUAAAUGAAUAUGAUGAUCGAAAUGUAAAAUAUGAUGCGGCAUGUAGUGUUUUGGCACUAAGCUAGCUUAAGGGGUAGAGAAUGAAUAAAGGUAGCCUUGUAUGGUUCUCUUGUAGUACGAGAGGUCUAACGC